CCGCCGGCGCCCGGCGCUGCGCGGUGGGCUGGCGUUGGGGUAUUUACGGUAAGGUGGACCCGGCGGUGGCAGCUCGGUGUCAGGUGAUCGGCGCUGAGGAGCCGCCGCCGCCGCCCGGGGACGAAAAUGCAAGAUGGCCCAGCGGGGCCGUGAGGGGCUCCGCGGCGCCCCCUCCCCGCCCGCCGCCGCCGCCCCGGCGCGUAGGGCCGGCGGGAAGCGCUGAGGCCAACCCCGCCGCGCCAGAGCCCGUCCCCGGCGGGGGCACCGAGCCAUGGGGCUCUGCUACAGCCUGCGCCCGCGGCUCUUCGGCGACGCCGGCGGCGGCUCCAUCUCCAGCGCCGCCUCCGAGCCCGAAGCGCCGGCGGAGCCUCACGCCGCCCCGCAGCCGCAGCCCCUCGGCGCCCCGCUCCGGCCCGGCGGUAAGCCCGGCGGGGAGGCGGACGGGCCGCCGCUGCUGCUGCAGAACGGCGGCGGUAACGGGGCGGCCCCCGAGCGGCCGCCGCUGCCCAAGGCCGGCGGCCCCGGCGGCGGGGGGAAGGCGGCGCGGCAGCAGGCGCUGCACCAGCCGCCGGCGUUGCAGAGACCCUGGGAGAAGCUGCGCCUGGAGGAGCGGGAGGCGGAGAAGGAGGCGAGGAAAGUCAGCAAGAGCAUCGACCGGGCGCUCAAGGAGCAGAAGCGGGAGUACAAGCAGACGCACCGCCUGCUGCUGCUGGGGGCUGGUGAGUCAGGAAAAAGCACUAUUGUGAAACAAAUGCGAAUCCUACAUGUCAAUGGAUUUAAUUCAGAAGAAAAGAAACAGAAAAUACUGGAUAUUCGGAAAAAUGUUAAAGAUGCGAUUGUGACUAUAGUUUCAGCUAUGAGCACUUUAAUACCCCCAGUUCCAUUGGCCAACCCAGAAAACCAAUUUCGAAUGGACUACAUCAAGAGUAUAGCUCCUCUUUCUGACUUUGACUAUACACAGGAAUUCUUUGAACACGCAAAAAAGCUCUGGGAUGAUGAAGGCGUAAAGGCAUGCUUCGAGAGGUCAAACGAAUAUCAACUGAUUGACUGUGCACAGUACUUUUUAGAAAGAAUUGACAGCGUCAGCAUGGAUGACUACACACCCACAGAUCAGGACCUAUUAAGAUGCAGAGUGUUGACAUCAGGGAUUUUUGAAACAAGAUUUCAAGUAGAUAAAGUAAAUUUCCACAUGUUUGAUGUAGGUGGCCAGAGAGAUGAGAGAAGGAAAUGGAUCCAAUGCUUUAAUGAUGUCACGGCUAUCAUCUUCGUUGUGGCUUGCAGCAGCUACAACAUGGUAAUAAGGGAAGACAAUAACACAAACAGACUACGGGAAUCCCUGGACCUUUUCAAAAGUAUCUGGAACAAUAGGUGGUUACGGACCAUUUCUAUCAUUUUGUUCUUGAAUAAACAGGACAUGCUGGCUGAAAAAGUCUUGGCAGGGAAAUCAAAAAUCGAAGAUUACUUUCCUGAAUAUGCGCAUUAUACUGUACCUGAGGAUGCAACACCAGAUGCAGGAGAAGACCCCAAAGUCACAAGAGCCAAGUUCUUCAUCCGGGAUGAGUUUUUAAGGAUAAGUACGGCGAGCGGAGACGGCAGGCAUUACUGCUACCCACACUUUACGUGUGCAGUGGACACAGAAAAUAUCCGCAGAGUGUUCAACGACUGUCGAGACAUCAUUCAAAGGAUGCAUCUCCGCCAGUACGAACUCUUGUGAGGGGGAUCACCGUGGAACCUGUGGUUUUAAAUUCUUUGCUCCUUACUCUUUCUCUUGAUGCUACCCCACACAGGGUGGAAGAAUAUACUAUAGAAAUGUCAGUCUCUUCACUUUGUUUACUUUAAUUAUUUAACCUUAAAGCUGAUUUGAAGCGAGUUUGGGUUGGUUUUCCUUCAUGCUUUUUGGGACUAUUUUUGUGCUUUAUUUUGACAUGCCACUUCUUCGUCAUUCCACUAAGCCCUUUGGCUACCUCUGUUCCCUUAGGUUGUGUUUUUUUAACUGAACGUGACCUGCUAAAUUUUUUCCAGCAGGUUAACGUCAGUUCAAACUGUCGGCCGGAUGACACUAAAGGCGUACCUAUCCCUCUGUGUGGGUUUCCUUUUUAACACGACAUUGAAGAGUACUUGAUGGGUGAAAAAAAGAUUAAUGCACUUUGUAUCAGGUUAUUAAAUACUGUUGAGGAAGUAGACACACAAUGUAGCAGCACCACAAUAUUUAUUACUCUGUCACAGUUUUUAGCAUUUCUGAGUUGCAGGUCAACUGAUAAAGUGACCUCCUCUUUUAAGCCGUUACUGGCACGGGAAGUAGAGUAGAUAAUGAGAGGAAUAGUGAAGACAAAGCAAUUUUUCUGGGGUUCUGGAGCUAAGCGUCUCUGCACACCUCAGGCAUUUGAAUUACAGCUACUUUUCAGCCUGUUGCAUCGAGGCAGAAAAUUUACCACCCUCACUUACGUUAUUUGUGCUGUCCACAAAUGAUCCUUUUAGUUCAGAUCAUUCUUGGACAACAGUCCUCUCCCUAUAUAUAUUUUUUUGUUUUACUGCUGGUUUAUUAUAUUGUACAGACUGUAAAAUGUAAUAUUAUUUUGUACAACUUUAUUGAAGAAAAAUACUUGUAGAAGAUCUUUGUGCCUUGAUUAUGGCUGUACCUGUAAAAUGAGCUAAGAUGUAAGUAUGUUUUUGAUUGCGCUGUACAGCUUGAUGUCAACCUUACCUGCAGCAGUGACUGGAGGUAAGACCUUUAUCUGUAGAGUUUAGGGGUUUUUUUCUGGUUUAUAUAAAAAUGCUCUUUAGUAUAAAAAUUAUAAAUUAUGCAAAUUAACCACUUACCUUUCCAAGUAAGGUAUUACAGUCACCGGAUGUUGCAGCAAACAUGCCUUUCUCUUUUGAAGUCUCAGCUUUAAAACAUUGGAAUUCAUUCAAGUGUCCAAAUUGCAACCUGGUGUUGUUUUAAUGGGAACCAAGGAUUAUUUUUUUUUUUUUCCCUCCUUUAUAUUUAGAAAAUAUGUUUGGUAAUUCUUUGGUCAUUCAUAGAACUUCACAAUUGCACAGACCGAUUGUGAAUGCGUAAAGCACCAUUAUAUAGAGCUCUUCAAUCUUUGUACCAACAGCGGCUUUCAUUGUGCAAGUAAAUAGCGAGAAAGAACUUAAAAAAAACAAAAAAAGGUGUAUAAACCCUUGUGUCUGGCCUAAGAGAAUUACAAGAUGACAUUUUUAUUUCUCUUUUAAUAAAGAGACACAUUAGAAAA